CACUGUAGUUCUGUUUGACUAGGAAGUCCAGCUGAUACUAGGUAGCCAGCUGGGAAACUCUCAAUAUCCAAAGUUGUUUGAACUUCCUCGCAUUGCCGUUUUUAGUCAUCGUGUUGACAGGCAACCAUGGCUGUUAGGAGAAAACUGUGGUGCAGAAACCUCCUGGCAGUGUCUCUGCUUCUCUCCGUCCUGCUCCACACCAUCCAUGUGCAUGCACGGCCAGCCAACAUGUCGGCCGCUAAAGAAAAGGCUCCAGCCAGCAAGGACGACAACGAGAUUCUCCCACCGGACCACCUGAAUGGGGUGAAGCUGGAGAUGGAUGGCCACCUAAAUAAGGACUUCCACCAGGAGGUUUUCCUGGGUAAAGAGAUCGAGGAGUUUGAGGAGGACUCGGAGCCAAGGAGGAACAGGAAGAAGCUGAUCGACAUUUUCACCAAGGUUGACUUCAACAAGGACCGGAGUGUUAGCGCCAAGGAGAUGCAGCGCUGGAUUAUGGUGAAGACGGAGGAGCACUUCCAGGAGGCCAUGGAGGAGAACAAGAACAGUUUCCGUGCCGUUGACCCCGACGGUGAUGGUCACGUGACAUGGGAUGAAUACAGAGUCAAAUUUCUGGCCAGCAAAGGUUUCAAUGAAAAGGAAAUGGCUGAGAAAAUCAAGAAUAACCAAGAUCUGAAACUGGAUGAGGAAACUCAGGAGGUUUUGGAAAGCCUGAAGGACCGCUGGUUUCAGGCGGACAACCCCCCCGCUGACCAGCUGCUGAAUGAGCAGGAGUUCCUGUCUUUCCUCCACCCGGAGCACAGCAGAGGCAUGCUCAAAUACAUGGUCAAGGAGAUCGUACGCGACCUGGACCAGGAUGGUGAUAAGAAGCUGACCCUGUCCGAGUUCAUCUCCCUGCCUGUGGGCACCGUGGAGAACCAGCAGGCGCAGGACAUCGACGACGACUGGGUCCGGGAGAGGAAGAAGGAGUUCGAGGACGUCAUCGACUCGGACCGCAAUGGCAUCGUAACCAUGGAGGAACUGGAGGAGUACAUGGACCCGAUGAACGAGCACAACGCUUUGAACGAGGCCAAGCAGAUGAUUGCCGUCGCAGAUGAAAACCAGAAUCAUAAUUUGGAGCUGGACGAGAUUCUCAAGUAUAGCGAAUACUUCACGGGCAGCAAACUGAUGGAUUACGCCCGGAAUGUUCACGAGGAGUUCUGAAGAACGACUCCUCCUCUCUCGGUCCGCUCAGCAAAGCAGGGCGACACCCUCCAUCUGCUUCAGGGACACGCCGGACGAGGUGAGCCAAACUAAUGAUUGGAUGUUCUAGUGGACAGUUCACGGCCUCUUUCACUGCUGAGCCCAACUAAUACAUCCUCUCUUCAGCCAUCUCACUUAACAUGGUGUGUGUGUGUGUGUGUGUGUGUGUGUGUGUGUGAGAUAUUGUGUGUUUUAGCCCCGACUAGAUAUUUCCGUUCCUGGUGCGGUGGCGAGAGAGACCAUUUGUUCUGCGGGAUGUCGUCCUAGCGUGUAAAUAUGAAUUCUGUACAGUACAAAUGCCUCUGUCUUAGAGAAAAGUAAAAAAAUAUAUAUAUAUAAUGCUGCUUCAAGGGAACACCCCUUAUAGAGAAAUAGAAUAAAGAGCUAAUUACUGGAAUCUUCCCUAAUUCCAAAUGGGAUUGGCAUUAACAGAGUACAGUUCCACUAGUCUGCAUUACAGAUGUCAGUUAUCCGUCCUACUUGUAAACAGGGUAAACAAAAUGGAGGUCAAUUAUACAAACUGCUUUAAUAACGUGCAGUGAUCCUUCUUAGCAGACUUUCAUUAACAAGUUAUUGUCAGAGUAAUAUAUAAGAACAGUGUGCCUUUUUCCCCAGCAGACAUUUUGACUUACUGAAAGUGAAGCACAGGUGUCACUGAUAACAUUAACCCUUGUGUUGUCUUCCCGUUAAAAUGGAAAAU